GGGAGGGAAGACAAAGCUAUUUCUUCCCUGUGGCCUGCCUGGUUCACACUGUGCAGUAAUCCUGUUGCAGGAGCCUGGGGGCCACGGGGCUUUCAGCUGCACCAAGAAGGCGAAAAUCCUAUCCCCGCAGCACCCCUUCCCGCCUUCGGUGACACGAGUUACUGCUGUCGGCGGUUCCAGGGAUCGCUCAACGUCACAGUGACAAGGGAUCUCGGCAGCUUACUGGCAUAGAUGACGGCAGAGUGCCUGGAGCCAGACAUAUUUCAGCUUGGGCCAAGUAACGGAAGCUUCUAAGUGCCUCAGUCUCCGCAUCUGCCCUGACCUUCCUGACCAGGAAUGAAAUCCUGUGUGCUCGGCCGAGAUGAGAAGCUGGAUGGUGGGCAAAAGAGAAGGAAAGGACCAGAGGAGAGAGGCAUCCAUGACACCUUCCUGAAGCUCUGUCCCCCUGGGAAGCACUACAAGGAGGCGACACUGACCACAGACCAGGUCAGCUCCCUGCCGGCCCUGAGGGUCAACCCUUUCAGAGACCGAAUCUGCAAAGUGUUCUCCCACAAUGAUGUGUUCUCCUUUGAGGAUGUCCUGGGUAUGGCAUCUGUUUUCAGCCAGCAGGCUUGCCCCAGCCUGAAGAUCGAGUAUGCCUUUCGAAUCUACGAUUUUAACGAGAAUGGCUUCAUUGACGACGAGGACCUACAGAAGGUUGUCCUCCGACUGCUCAACAGCGACGACGUGUCGGAGGACCUGCUGACCGACGUCACAAACCACGUCCUGAGUGAGUCAGAUCUGGACAAUGACAACAUGCUGUCUUUCUCAGAGUUUGAGCACGCGAUGGCCAAGUCUCCAGACUUCAUGAACUCCUUUCGGAUUCACUUCUGGGGAUUUUGAUGUGGCUACAAAGACCCGAUCUGGCAGCCUCAAGGGGGAACGACUGGAACUUGGAAUUCAACCCCCUCCAGGCGCUGGGGGACUUUGAUCAGAAGUACGAUUCUGUCCCUGUCCCUCCCUCACUUCUAGGCUAUUGUUUAUUCAAUAAAGCAGAAGAAAAAGCC